AUGGUGGCCAAUUUGCUUUCCCAUGGGCUGUUGCUCGUGGAGAUUUUUGCUGCUUUGGCUCAAGGAAGCUCGACACCGAUCUACAAGGAUGCUAGUGCGCCAGUGGAAAAGAGAGUCAAGGACUUAUUGGGUCGGAUGACGAUCGAGGACAAGAUGUCUCAAUUGAUUCAAGGUGAUAUCACGAAUUGGAUGAACUCCACCUCGGGGGAAUUCAACUAUACCGGACUGGUGGCCAACAUGGAGAUGAAGGCGGGCAUGUUCUAUGUUGGAUAUCCUGUGGCUUGGGAUUGGAUCGCGGAUAAUAUCAAGAGGGGCCAGGACUAUCUCCUUCACAACACCACUCUUGGAAUUCCUGCAAUUGUUCAGACUGAAGGUAUCCACGGAUUCUUGAUUGGCAAUGCUACCAUCUUCAACUCGCCCAUUGCAUAUGGAUGUUCUUGGAACAGGGAUCUUAUUGAAAAGAUGGGUAAGAUCAUUGGCCAAGAAGCCAAAGCCCUUGGUGUCAACCAACUAUUUGCUCCAGUUGUUGAUCUCGCCCGUGAGCUUCGGUUUGGUCGUGUCGAAGAAACUUUCUCCGAAGACCCCUUCCUCGCAGGUGAAGUCGGUUACAGUUAUGUCAAAGGUGUGCAAAGCAAGAAGGUCUCUUCGAUGGUGAAACAUUUUGCAGGCUUUAGUAGCCCCGAGCAGGGGCUUAAUACUGGCCCAGUUCAUGGUGGCGAGAGAGAGUUGCGCACAACAUGGCUGCCGCCCUUCAAGCGAGCUAUCAUUGAUGCAGGUGCCUGGUCUAUCAUGGCUGCAUACCACUCAUAUGACGGAAUCCCGGCCGUCUCCGAUUAUCAUACGCUCACUGAAAUACUGAGAGAAGAAUGGGGCUAUGAAUACUUUGUCAUGUCCGAUGCAGGUGGCAGCGAUAGAAUUUGCAGCUACUUCAAGCUCUGCGAGAGUAAACCUAUUGACAUGGAGUCAGUCACCACGCAGCUAUUGACUGCUGGAACUGACGUUGAAAUGGGAGGUGGCUCAUUCAACUUCCAAAAGAUUCCUGAGCUUGUCAAGUCCGGCGACCUCGACAUUUCGGUUGUCAACACUGCGGUUUCUCGGUUGCUGCGAGCCAAGUUCGAGAUGGGUCUCUUUGAGAACCCAUACCCUGCUGCCCCGGAGAAGGAAUGGAAGAAGCUUAUCAAUAGCCCUGAGGCUGUGAAGCUUUCAAGAGACUUGGAUAAGGAAUCAAUUGUAUUGUUGGAAAACCAUAACGCGACUCUGCCCUUGAAGAAGUCGGGUAGCAUUGCCGUCAUUGGGCCUAUGGCUCAUGGCUUCAUGAACUACGGUGACUAUGUUGUCUAUAAGAGUCAGUACCGGGGUGUCACUCCCCUUGACGGUAUCAAGGCUGCUGUUGGCGACAAGGCUCAGGUCAACUAUGCCCAGGGAUGUGAGCGAUGGAGCAAUGACCAGUCAGGCUUUGAUGCUGCAGUCGACGCUGCAAAAAAAUCCGAUGUGGCCGUCGUCGUCGUUGGAACUUGGUCGCGCGAUCAAGGUGAACUCUGGCAAGGGCUGAACGCAACGACUGGUGAACAUGUCGACGCAGACGACCUGUCUCUUGUCGGUGCCCAAGGACCACUUAUCAAGGCUAUUGUCGAUACGGGAGUCCCAACAGUUGUUGUCCUCUCAAGCGGCAAGCCCAUCACAGAAACCUGGCUAUCAAACAGCACCUCCGCUUUGGUCCAACAAUUCUACCCAGGCGAGCAAGGCGGUAACGCCCUCGCCGAUGUCCUCUUCGGCGACUACAACCCAUCCGGCAAGCUCUCAGUCAGUUUCCCACGCUACGUUGGAGACCUUCCAAUCUUCUACGACUACUUGAACUCAGGGCGCUCGAUCGGCGACCAAGGCUACGUCUCAAGCAACGGCACUCUGGUCUUUGGUCACCAGUAUGUCCUCGGAAGCCCAUUGCCGUGGUACCCCUUCGGCUACGGCAAGAGUUAUUCCACCUUCAAAUAUGGAACCGUGAAGGUCGACAAGAGUGAAGUUUCUGCAUCUGAUAGCACUGUUACUGUCAGUGUCGAUGUGACCAACACUGCCUCCCGCGACGGUACGGAGGUCGUGCAGGUUUACAUUUCGGAUGACAUUGCUUCUGUUGUUGUUCCCAACCGUGCCCUUAAGGGCUUUGAUAAGGUUGUCAUUCCUGCUGGAAAGACAAAGACUGUCAAGAUUCCUAUCAAAGUUGAGGAUAUUGGUGUGUGGAAUUCUCGUAUGAAGUACGUUGUUGAGCCGGGUAGCUUUACUGUUCUUGUUGGUAGCAGCUCCGAGGAUAUUCGGGGGAACACGACAUUUACUGUUCGAUGA